UCAGUUGUCCAUUACAGGCGAGCAACGUGAUUCAUAUGUGACCGUCACUGGCGGCAUUUGGCAUUUAAAUAAUUUUACGUCAACCUAUGCAUAAUUACGCAUUAAAUGUGUACUGUAUCACUUUAAUAUUUUAUCAGUUUGUUAGUGCUACAUUAACAAUAUUAUUGCAUCUGACGGUAACAAGUUGGCUGGAAGUGUUAGCUGUUCACUGGCGACAACCAUGUUAAGUAUGGCUAGUAAACAAAGCAGAAACCAGCCCAAAUUUACCAUAGAAGAUGCAUUUGAGGAAGAUGCAGACGAUGCUAUACGUAUUUAUGGAGCCACAAAUGAACGUUCACCACUGAAACCUAAAGCUCGAGAUGUAAGUAUAGGAAAUGAAGAUGUAACAGUGAGAGUUGAAGAUCCUCUUGCUGGAGUAGGUGCGGCCAGCGGCGUAAAAGGACUCCUUACUAUACCUGAUGUAGAUGCAAUAUCUCGAGAUAGUGACUCACUCAUACCUGGUGACAGCAGCAGCAGCUUCUCAGAGUCUCCACGAUGGUGGUUUCUUCAUCCAAAAGUCCGCGAAAAGUGGAGAAUAGUGGCUGGAGCCUUCACCCUUCUCAUUAUGGGAAUAAUUUUGCUCAUUACUGGUAUUGUUGUAGAAGCAGUCCCACUUGAGAGUCUCUCUGGUCCAGUUUUCAUCAUUGCUGGCCUCAUAUGCUUCAUCCCUGGCGCCUACCACGUAGUUUAUGUCUUACUCGCAGUAUGGGGUAGACGUGGCUAUGAUUUUUACAACCUUCCACUUUUCAAUUGAUCCUCUGUUGAAGGUAGGGGUGGAGUUGGUAAGUUCUGUCUGCCUUUCAUAAAACUAAGGCUUCAUUUAUAUUAUAAUACAAGUGACAAGGACAUUUUAUAUGGUAAUUCCAUCACUGAAAAAAGUAGAGAAUGGUUUAACAAUUGCUGCUUUCAGAUGUAGUCAUAUUUAUGACUUAAGUUAGUAUUGUACUGUAUAGCUAUGAAUUUUUUUUACUGAACUCUAAACUAUUUUGUCUUUGAUAUCUGGAAGCCACAGUUUUUGUUUGUGGUGGCAAUGCAUCAUAAUUAAUUAUUUUUAUGAGGUAGCACUUUCUGAUAAGUCAGUGCUCUGCAUGUGUUUUUAAUCAAUGUAUUUAAGCACAAAGAGUAAUAUAUACUCAUACUGUACAGGACGUUUGAUACAUUAUUGAUCAUAUAUGGUAUUAUGUAUCUUAUAAUUGACAUCUGCAUAUCAAUCAUAUAGGCAGCAAUACUUAUAUAGGUAAUUUUAAAUGUAAAGACAUCUCAUUAAUAGCACUUAUCAUGGUCACAAUUAGAGCCAAAUUUGUCUUCAUGGUUCACAAAUAUUAUUAAUUUAAUUAAUACUGUACAUGACUACUUGUUAAAAAUGCAACAAUUAUGGCAUAAGUAAUAUCUGUUUCUAUCAACUUUUUUAAGAGUACAACCUGGUAACACUAAUAAUUAAAUAGUCAAUAAUUGAGAUAAUGAAUAGAAUAUAUACUGGAGAUAAUUGUCUGUAGUAGGAACACUCAUGCUUGCAUUUAAAAGUUUCUCAGAACUGUGAAACGAUAUUGUGCCUUCCUUUAGUUUAUUGCAAGGGGAUGAUUGUAUUUUGUGUUUUUUCCCAGCUGAGAAUAGAUGCCCCGCCCCCUCCUCAAGAGUUACAGCUGAUUGGCUGUUGCAAAUCUGUCCGAUUUCGUUUUGAAGUAAUGAUGUAUUUCUUAAUGAGUUUAUUCAUAAUCGUUGGGAUGACCGUUUCUGACGAGAAAGAUAUUUAGCUAAAUUCUAUAAAGAUACAUACAGUCAUUAUUUCAAUCAUGAGUACAUGGGAAGUUUAUCAGAAAUCUUAUGCAUGAAUUAACUAUUAAACUGUGGUCACAAAUUCACGCUUUCUGAGGACGCAUUUAAUAUAUACUGUAUUUAUUUUUACCCACAAUGAGGCAUACUAAGACAAAUUACCUAUCAGUAAUACUACAUUAUGAAAAACUAACAUUUUAAAAGAUCAGAAUCACAUUGAAAUAUUACGUGGCCAUCAGCAGAAGUGGGAAAUAAGAUUGCGAACAACUUCAUAUUUCCCGCCUCUGCUGACGGCUCGAGCUGCCAAGCUUCUCUCCCCCCCUCAGUCUGUCACACUCAUCCACCAACUUUCAGGGGCCGUGCAAUAUUUCAAUGUGAUUCUGAUCUUUUAAAAUGUUAGUUUUUGCACAAUGUUUGAAUUAAUGAAUGUAUAUAAUUUAGCUAAAUACGUAUCUUUCUCGUCAGAAACGGUCAUCCCAACGAUU